CCUCUGUAAGCUAAUUAUGUGCCAUAUGUGUCUACAUAAGAAGUUUUUUUUUCCAUUUCAGGCAGGAGAGGAAUGGUUGUCUGUGAGCAGCCUCCAGCUGAGAAUAAAAGACCCUCAGCUCAAACGGCAGAGACGUGCAAAAAGCUGCAGAGAUGACCGGUGCUGCCUUCCUCCUGCUGCUCAUCCUGACAGGCGGCGGGUCCUGCAAAGUGUGCAGCUAUCAGGACGUUCUGGACUACCUGAACCUGACAGCGGACAAUAGCGUGUUUAAACUGACCCGGCCCGUUCGGGACCACACACACAUCACUGUGGUGAAGCUGGACAUCAUUGUCUAUGCCAUCCUGGCGGUGGUGGAAAAAACACAAACCUUUGUUCCUUUCAUCUGGUCGUCAAUGCAGUGGAACAGCGAGUUCAUCUCAUGGGACCCGGCUCAGUUUUGUGGAAUCACUCAGAUUUCGAUUCCUAAAGAUCUGCUCUGGAAACCAGAUCUCUUCAUCUACGAGAUGAUAGAGAAGGACAACUCGCCUCUCUACCUGAACAUAAUGGUGAAUUUUGACGGCACCAUCAUUGCUGGUGACGACAUGCGUGUCGUCAGCACCUGCAAGAUGGACGUCCACAAGUUUCCCUUUGACACUCAAGAGUGCAGCAUAUCGAUUGGUUCUACAGUUUACUGCGAGAAGGAAAUGCGAAUUCUUCCGUCUUCGAACUCGUCUCGGGUUACUCAGUUUUCACAGCAGAUCAUGAAGACGCAGGGAGAGUGGGAGUUCCUGCGUCUGUCUGUCAACAACUCCCUUCUUACCUACGAGAACAGAAGCUGGGACAUGCUCAUAUAUACAGUCACCAUAAAGAGGAGGCCCCUCCUCCAUGUCAUCAAUUUCCUGUUGCCCAUCCUGUUCUUCCUCUCCCUGGAUCUCGCCUCUUUCUWCAUCUCGGACCAUCGGGGGGAGAAACUGGGCUUCAAAGUCACGGUUCUGCUGGCCAUCUCUGUCCUCCUGGUCAUCCUUAAUGACAUCCUGCCUGCCAUGUCCAACAGGACUCCACUGAUAGCGACCUACUGCAUUGUGAUUUUUGCUCUGAUGCUGCUGAGUCUUUUGGAGACGAUCCUGGUCACGUAUCUGAUUGAAAAAGAUGAGUUCAGCCCACAGGAAAACCAGGAGAGCAAGCAAAAAAAUACCAAAACUAAGAAUUGUGACAAAGAAGAUGAGGAGCAAACCAUCUGUAAAAGCAUCUGCAGAGAUGCAGAAAAGGAAAGGCAGCAUGAGAUUCUUUCUGUACUUGAAGAGGUGAACAGCACUCUUCAGUCAGGAGAAUCUCAUGUGCUGCUGUUGAUCCUGGAUGAGCUGAAGAAGAUGCAGAAAACUGUUUACGUCCAUCUUGGCUACAGAGAAGAAAAGGUAAAGUUGGUGUCUUGGGCAAAAAGAAUCAACAGAUCUUUCUUCAUCUGCUACACCAUCACAGUUUUCCUCUUUCUCUACCUUAUCUUCAGAGAAUGGAAGUCUUAGAAAUCUAAGAUAAUUUGUUCAAGUGCAAUUGAAUUUUUUUUUUUUUGCUGCAGAUGGAACUUGUUAAUGUUAAAUGUUAAUAUGUAAAAGGUGUCCAGUUUACCCCAUUUUUGGCAGUUGUUUAGCACACAGUCUGCUUUGUUUUGGACUGAAGUCCCAAAGCAGACUUCACUAAAUACAUGCACAGAGGCACCUAUAAUCCAGCAGAUGAGCAAUUUGCAAAAAGAAGCAAAUGUAAAAGUGAUCAAAGAGAAAGAAAAAAAUGUUUUCCCUGAAAGACCUCCUGGUUCCUGGUAAAGGAAAGUAUUUAAUUAUAUCAGGGAGAAUUUACAUUUUUAAUGUGUUUCUAAAGAAAUAAGAUAUGYAUGUUUUUAAAAUGCAGUUGCAUAUUGUAGAAGACAAAGUAUUCCACUCAGUUUAAAAGUUAAAGAUGUGCAAACCACUAAUGCAUCUCAGUAGAGCUAAUACAGAUGGCAUAGAUAUAUGUGGARUAACAAURUGGGAUCCAUUGUCAGGAAAAAAAAUCAAAUCUGUGCUUUCUUGACUGAGUUGUUAUCUGCAAUAAACACAUGAAAAAAGGAGUCUUGCUUUUAUUAGUGCUGCUGUGCGUACUUGACAUAAAGGCAUACUUCUGWUCCACAUUUCAUUUUUAUUUAUUUCUCUUUGCGAAUACACUAUUAGCUAUCUUUUAAAUAUAAACAUUUACUCUAGUAUUCUGACUUUGAUAUUGAUGUGCGCCAAACAAAAGAGAAAACAUGAAUGCACAUGAAAAUAGACAGAGGGGGAACAACAAAUGAGGAAUUAUUACUUGUUUUCUGAUGAAUUUGUGGACUAAAUCACAGGCUUUACAUAUUCUUCAGUACAAUAUUAUCUUSUUCCAAUAUUUGGUUAAAAAAUGCAUUUUAGCAAACUAUUGACUGCUAAAACUUAUAMUAGGACAUGGAUAUA